AUUUGUCAUAUAUUCAUUAUUACAAAAGUUUACAGUGUAAAAGAAAAGUGUAUUUUGUUUUAAUUCUAUAAAGGAAAAUUUGGAAAUUGUUUCAGUAAAAAUUAGAAAAGAUGAAUAUUACAUCAGCCGCCGGGGUCAUUUCCUUAUUGGAAGAACCAAUGCCAGAAGUCAAAUAUUUUGCUCUUAAGAAGUUAGAUGCAAUUGUUGAUGAAUUUUGGCCUGAAAUUUCAGAAGCUAUUGAAAAAAUUGAAAUUUUACAUGAAGAUAAAGUCUUUCAACAACAUCAAUUAGCAGCCCUUGUUGCCAGCAAAGUAUAUUAUCAUUUAGGGGCAUUUGAGGAGUCUUUAACAUAUGCUUUAGGUGCAGGAGAUCUUUUUGAUGUUAAUGCUAGAUCAGAAUACAUCGAUACGACUAUUGCAAAAUGUAUCGAUUACUACACUCAACAAAGAAUCGCAUUAGCCGAUGGAAAUUUAAAUGCAAAACAAAUUGAUCCACGUUUGGAAGCAAUCGUAAAUCGUAUGUUCCAAAGAUGUUUAGAUGAUGGUCAAUAUCGUCAAGCAUUAGGUUUGGCAUUAGAAACAAGACGUAUGGAUAUUUUUGAGAGUGCAAUUAAACAGGCUGACGAUGUAAUUGGAAUGCUUUCAUACGCAUUUCAAGUUGCAAUGAGCUUAAUACAAAAUCGAGCUUUUAGAAAUAUUGUUUUACGAUCGUUAGUUGAAUUAUAUAAGGGAUUAGCAACGGCCGAUUAUGUUAAUAUGUGUCAGUGUUUAAUCUUUUUGGAUGAUCCAAUCUCUGUUGCUGAAAUUUUGGAUAAACUCAUUAAUGGUCCUGAGGAGAAUGAAUUAAUGGCAUAUCAAAUCGCAUUCGAUUUAUACGAUUCAGCAACGCAACAAUUUCUUGGGCGUGUAUUACAAGCCUUACGUGCUACAGCACCUGCACCAGCUGCUUUAACUGUUGGUAAAGUUGAAAAUAAAGAACCUGCAACAACAGCAGCAGCAACAACAACUGAGGGUAGUGAAAAACCAGCUGUAAAAGAGGAUAAACCAACAGAACGUGAUUUAGAUAGUUUAAACGAUGAAGAAAAAGAACAUCAACAGAAAAUUGAAAAAUUAUUAAAUAUUUUAUCUGGAUCCAUUUCAAUUGAAUUACAUUUACAAUUUUUAAUUCGAUCAAAUCAUACAGAUAUGUUAAUUUUAAAGAAUACAAAAGAUUCGAUUCGAGUAUCAAUUUGUCAUACGGCAACGGUUAUUGCGAACGCUUUCAUGCAUAGUGGUACGACUAGUGAUCAAUUUUUACGUGAUAAUUUGGAAUGGCUUUCACGUGCAACAAAUUGGGCUAAAUUAACAGCAACAGCAUCUUUAGGUGUGAUUCAUCGUGGUCAUGAAACACAAGCUUUAGCAUUAAUGCAAAGUUAUUUACCCAAAGAAGUUGGUCCAAGUUCUGGAUAUUCUGAAGGUGGUGGUUUAUACGCAUUAGGUUUAAUUCAUGCUAAUCAUGGUGCAAAUAUUAUUGAUUAUUUAUUGGGUCAAUUGAAGGAUGCCCAAAAUGAGAUGGUUCGUCAUGGUGGAUGUCUAGGUCUUGGUCUAGCUGCAAUGGGUACUCAUCGUCAGGACGUGUAUGAACAGUUGAAAUUUAAUUUGUAUCAAGAUGAUGCAGCAACAGGUGAAGCGGCUGGUAUUGCGAUGGGAAUGGUUAUGUUAGGAUCCAAAAAUGCUGCAUCCAUUGAAGAUAUGGUUGCGUACGCACAAGAAAGUCAACAUGAAAAAAUUUUACGUGGUUUGGCUGUUGGUAUCGCUUUUACAAUGUAUGGUCGAUUAGAGGAAGCUGAUCCAUUGGUUGAACAAUUAUGUCGUGAUAAAGAUCCAAUUUUACGUCGUUCUGGCAUGUAUACAUUGGCUAUGGCAUACUGUGGGACUGGGAAUAAUCAAGCUAUUCGAAAAUUACUUCAUGUUGCUGUUUCUGAUGUUAAUACUGAUGUUCGACGAGCAGCAGUUACGGCGCUAGGAUUUUUGCUGUUUAGAACACCAGAACAAUGUCCCAGUGUUGUUUCACUUUUAGCAGAAAGUUACAAUCCCCAUGUACGUUAUGGAGCAGCAAUGGCUUUGGGUAUUGCCUGUGCAGGUACUGGGCAACGAGAAGCUAUUGCACUUUUGGAGCCUAUGGUUAAAUUUGAUCCAGUGAAUUUUGUACGACAAGGUGCCCUCAUAGCGUCAGCUAUGAUUUUGAUUCAACAAACUGAUCAAACAUGUCCGAAGGUAUCAUUCUUUAGAACGUUAUAUGCUCAAGUCAUUAGUAACAAACAUGAAGAUGUGAUUGCGAAAUAUGGAGCAAUUCUUGCACAAGGAAUUAUUGAUGCAGGUGGUCGAAAUGUUACGUUAUCCUUACAAUCCCGAACUGGACACACAAAUAUGUUGGCUGUUGUAGGAACAUUAGUAUUUACUCAAUAUUGGUAUUGGUUCCCGUUAGCACAUUGUCUUGCGUUAGCAUUUACUCCAACAUGUUUAAUUGCUCUUAAUAAGCAAUUAAAGAUGCCAAAAGUUGAACUCCGAUCAAAUUCCAAACCAAGUUUAUACGCUUAUCCAGCCCCAUUAGAAGAAAAGAAACGUGAAGAACGUGAAAAAGUAACUACAGCUGUACUAAGUAUUGCGGCACGUGCACGAAAACGCGAUUCGGCUCAAACUAGUCGAAAUUUAGCAGCCACUUCAGCUAUUGCCUCAACCGCAUCAACUCCAAACGUUUCAUCUACAGCAACCACACCCGCUGCAACAACCGCUAAUAUUUUAGAAAAAAUGGAAAUCGAUGAAGAACCGGCGAAAGAAGAUAAAGAAAAGGAUAAAAAGAGUACCGAAGAGAAGAAACCUAUCGAAAAGAAAUUAUCAACAGAAGAUGUUUCAACGACUAAAAAAGAACAAGAACCUACGUUUGAAAUUUUAAAUAAUCCAGCCCGUUGUUUACGUCAGCAAUUGAAAAAUGUUAGUCUAGUUGAUGGAUCCAGUUAUUCACCAAUGAAAGAUGUAUCGAUUGGUGGAAUUAUUAUGAUGCAUCAUUUACGGUCUGAUGAAGAACAAUUAGUCGAACCCGUUGCUGCAUUUGGACCAAAAACUGAUGAUGAAAAAGAACCUGAAGCUCCCGAGCCAUUCGAAUGGUCUGAAGAAUAAAAUUUUUAUUAUAAUUAUUUAUAAAUAAAAUUGACUAACAUAAUAAUUUACUG